GAGUGUCAUCAUGGCGGUGAUGAAUGAGAGAAACUGAAAGUGACGUGUAGCUUGUGGUCCGUAGGCAUCCACUGUUUCAUUUCAUUUGUUGGAUAAAAAAAAAGUAAACAGUUCAGUGUAAUGUUACAAAGUUUAUUUUCAUGUAAGCAUAAAGUCGCAUAAAGUACGAUUAAGGCUCGAAAAGUUUCGACUGCUGAAUCGAAGAAAGCAUGGUGAAAGUGUAGAGUAUUAAAGGCUGGUUGCAUAAGAAAUGGACAAAGGAUUUCAUUUUAAAUACUGUGAAUAGUGUAGGUGUAUGAAAAUAUUUGUUGGAAUUAAGCUGUGUCCAUGUUAUCUCAAGUGGGGUAUAUUCAUUGUGGUUGGAGUACUGCCUCUCAAUGUUGAUGAAAGAUCAGAAGUUUUGUUGGAUAGAUGUGCUGUGUGGACUUCACUAUGGUGAAAUGUAUUAGCCAAGUUUCCGAUUGACUAGGCAAUUUCGUCAAUAGAGAUUGAAGUGGAAAUUGGGUAGACCACAGCUCAACUAUGCGAAAUCCAAAGUCACUCAAACUGAAACAAUCAGUCCGACAUUAGACGUUUUGGUUUACACCCCGGUGGUUUCCGCUAUAAGACUUGUACUCCAAUGGGGUAAUAUUUUGAACAAACUUAUUUUGUUGUUACAAAAAGAGAAGUUAAUAUGGAUCAAGGACACCACAUCACCAGUGAAAUGGAAAUUGGUUUAGUGCAAGGAAAGAACUGUUGACUGCAAAGCAUGGCGCGCUAUAAAAACCUUUGGGUAUGUUUGAAUCAGCAUCAGUCGAAAGCUGACAAUCACCCAAACAACUUUGAAAAUUGCGGAUCAGAAAAAUUUUGAGAUGUUGAACAUAAAAACUGUGUUGUGUUUGGCAGCCGUGUUGGUUGCAGUAAUGGCCGAGCCUGAACCUCAACAUUACCCCAAUACUUUCUUUCCUCCACCAACUUCUUACCCUAAACCAGAAUACCCCGAACGAGCUCCAGCGUACCCCAAACCUUCCUAUCCUACUCCAGCACCAGCCUAUCCAAAACCAACUUACCCUACUACACCAGCCUAUCCAAAACCAGCUUACCCUACUACACCAGCCUAUCCAAAACCAGCUUACCCUACUACACCAGCCUAUCCAAAACCAGCUUAUCCUCCUCCAGCCUACCCAAAGCCAGCAUAUCCUUCACCAGUGCCAACUUAUUACCCCAAGCCAUCCUAUCCCCAACCUGCAUACCCUGCACCUUAUAACCAAAAGUACGAGAGCGAAUACUGUGACUCUCGCAAGGCCCCGAAAUGCUCGAAAAACGGCACUCUGACCUUUUGCCUUGAGGAUUCUGAAUACCCCGAGAAAGAAGUCAAGUACGCCAUCGAUUACGACUCUAUUAUUUUGAAGAAAUAUGCUGAUGUUGCAGAACAGUCGGCUGACAACUUGGUCGAUGGUCUGACAUCUUUAGCCGAGAAACAUUUCGACUAUUCUGAUUACCACGGCAACACCUUCGAAAAGGGCAACUGGGUUGGUGGUGAAGGAUACAUCUGCCCCAGUGAUGUCCUUUACGCCCGCCCUGUCCGCGCAAUCAAUGCCGAAGGUGAGUGGCGCGUCAUCGUCCAAGAAAUGGCCUGGCCCGGAUACACUCAGACCCAGCGCACCGAGACUUGUUUGUUCCCCGGCUCAUCUUGCCGCACGUUGGCACCUUGCUAUCAGAGCAAAUGCUUGCAAAAAUAUGUCUACCAGCGGAUGCUUUCCUUUGAUCCAUGUGAUCCCCAGAAGGGAAUCUUCAUUGACAUCUACAAGUUGCCAUCGGCCUGUUCGUGUCACAUUUCAGCUUAAAUUCUUACUCGACCCUUCAACAUCCCCCUACCAAAUUUUUACAAUGGAUACUUCAUGAACGAAUAUUAUUUAAAUAAUUUGCUGUCGGAUCAAUAAAAUGAGUUACACUAA